UGGUUCUGCAUCAGCAGAGGGAGGAGCGGGAGGUCUGUUCUGUGUCCCAAAACAAGACGCUCUCUCUUAGCAGAGGAAAUCCUGCCACAUCGGGCCGGCCCGGGCGGACAGACGCUUCCCUUCUGAGGGUCCCGGGGCUUGUUUAUUCGGUGUCUGAUGUCUGGCCCCCCGGAGACAGUUUAAUAUGCCUUGCGGAGAAGCUGCAGCCUUCUUCUUAAGUGGUCCAACGAUUCUCAACACUGAUUGGCUGCCAGUCAGUGUUGGUUGAAGGGACACUCGGAGCCACCGUCAUGGCCACCAAAUCGCCUCCCCCGCUGAUGAAAAAGCACAGCCAGACGGACCUGGUGAGCCGCCUGAAGACGCGCAAGAUCCUGGGUGUCGGUGGGGAGGAUGAUGAUGGAGAAGUUCACAGAUCGAAGAUCAGUCAAGUUCUAGGAAACGAAAUAAAGUUUGCGGUGCGGGAGCCUCUCGGUCUCAGGGUAUGGCAGUUCCUCUCGGCCCUCAUGUUCACGGGAAUCGCAGUCAUGGCUCUGGCGUUCCCCGAGCAGCUUUACGAAGCGGUUUUUGACGGCAGAGCAGUCAGCAGUAAAACGUCUACGCGGCUGUACGGCGGAGCCCUGUUCAGCAUCUCUUUAAUCCUUUGGAAUUCCAUGUACACGGUGGAGAAGGUCAUCAUCCGGUGGACUCUGCUCACCGAGGCCUGCUACUUCAGCAUCCAGCUGAUCGUGACCACGGUGACCGUGAUAGAGAGCGACGUGUCUUCCAUCACAGCCGCCGUGCUGGUCUGCGGUUGCCUCGUCUUCGUUGCCAUCAGCGGGUAUUUUUAUUACCAAGUUGGCCGCCGGCCCAAGAAGCUCUGAACUGCGGCCCCUGGUGCGGUUUCAUUUCUUCCAGACCACGGGCAUCGCUCCACGCCGGGGCCGUGACGUUUUAAACACCCGCGCAUGACGCCAAGAACUGCCUCCCCUUUGGUCCUCGGACCCAUCCCUUUCGUACCCCUGGAGCCGCCGGAGCGGAGCUAUGACCCCCCAAUCCCCCCCCCGAAGCCGGACGGACUCUUCCCCGCGUGGGUUUCCGAAGCACACGGCAUGCACAGCUCACAGUGUUUUAGAUUUGCACCUGCAUUUAACCUCUUAGUAGCCAAAAUGGUUCGGCACACACCUGCCCAAGGUGUCUGAGUGCAACAAAGCAUAAUUAUUUUUUCUAGUUCCUUAUAACCCGUUUUUACCCCAAUUUACAGCAACAUUCAAGGUGAUUACCCGACGCGUUUUGUGUUCCUUCCAUCCUCGCUGUAAAUGAAGGCCGCUCCUGCUUACCCUCGCUUCGUGAUCCCCGCUGUAAUCUCAUAUUACUAUUUAUUGUAGUAUUCUCUAUUUGAAAACAAACAAAAAGAGAAGCCCUGUUAACCCUUUGACUGCCAAAGCUGUGCCUUGUUGUACCGACCCCACUCCCCCCCCCCACCAGGCACGGUGUUGCGCCUCGAGUAGGUUUCAUCUCGGUAACGGAUGUGCGCAGCCUCGUUAAAAUCACUGCCUUAUAAUUUGCUAAAUACUUUAAAUGUAGUCGUUUCAACGGGGGGGGGGCUAAAAAACACAAACAAAAAACUGCCAUUUACUAUUAAUAUUAAAAGCCUCGUUUUGCACGGUACCAGCUCUGCCCGCGGCACGGUGUAUACUUUGUAUAUUUUCGGUAGAUUUUGUAUUGCUUGGGAUUUUAUAUUUUAUCCCUUGUACCUUUUAACCAUUUCUGUGCCAGAAGAAAAAUUUCAUGUGGUUUAUUACUAAUGGGGGGGUGCUUGUCGAUUUGACGUACAGCACAAAACCUGCAAACAUUUGUUGGUAAAACCGGGUAUGCGGGGGCGCAGUGGGUUAAACACAGGGGUUGUUAAGUGGCUUUAACGAUAUCACAAUAAAUGAUCAGAUUCCCUGAAGUUCCAUUGUGUCAAAAAAUGUCCUGCCGGGGCUCACAAAGUGUCAGAAGCCACCAAACUUUUACCACUUUUUGUUGCCCCAAACUAAAUCCAUUUAGAUCAAGGUUACCGUAAUAUAUAUAUAUAUCACACACAGAAGGGAACGCGGACAGGUGACUUCUCCCUCCUUAAUAUUCAUUGUGAAGUUGUUGUAUUUUUUCUGUGUUGAGAAAACUUAAUACCUCAGUAACUUCCAUAAUAAAAUCUGCAUUUAGUAGACA